CAAAUAUAAAACCGUAGAGUAAAAUCAUACCUAAACCACUAUCACUUUGCCAUUCAAACGAACAGGAAAAUGGCAAACCUCAACAGAAGUUCGUGGAAUUGGAAUAAAACAUUGUUGACCUUUCUUUUUUCGGUCAUCUUAAAUAAUACCUUUGCCAUGGAUAUGGAUAUCGAUUGCAAUCGUCCACCACCGCUGGUCGAUCCCCAAACGUGCUGCACCGAUGGCGGACGGGAUGAGGUUUCUGAAAAAUGUGCUCAAAAAUUUGGCAUAUCUUUAUCGGACAAAUUAGCGCAAGCUCGAAUGAAUAUCGAAACUGCUACGUGUGUUGCAGAGUGUGUUCUUACUGAAUCAAAAUAUUUAGUAGGACAAAAUUUAAAUAUUGCAGCCAUUAAAGCCGACAUGAUAGACAAAUUCCCAGAGGAUCCCGGAUAUGUUGAAGCAAUGAUAAAAUCAUAUCAAAAAUGUACUCCAAUUGCUCAACAAAAACUUGAAGAACUUCGAAAAUCCCCAUUGGGCGGAAUUGCAUUCCAACGAAAAUGUAGUCCACUUUCAGGAAUAAUUCUUGGCUGUACUUAUACGCAAUAUUUUCAUAAUUGUCCUGCCAGACAUUGGAAUCCCAGCGAACAGUGUGAGAUUGCUAAACAAUUCUUGCAAAAGUGCUCCGUUUUUUAACAUUUAUUAUUUAAAAUAUCAGUAAAGGAACCGCUUUAAAAGUUCA